AUGACCACCGAAACUGAAUUGAUUUUUUCACCUGAGCGUACAUCAAAUAACUCAUUUCAUGUAUUUUCAAGCAAAAAAGCAAGUCGUCGUAGUACAACAUUAAAUAAACCACCAAAACCUGUUUCAUGUCGUGUUUUUCGAUAUUUUACACCAGCUACUGCUUCUAGAGCAUCCAAUGCUGUUUCAGUCAGUACAGAUUCAUAUGGUGUUGCAUUGGAAAGUCCAUUUUAUACAAAAUCAGAUACAUCUACUUAUUGGGAUCAAUGUUUUGAACAUCUUGAAUGUCUCGGGCGUGGUUCAUUUGCUGAAGUCUACAAAGUUCGUCAUAAAGAAGAUAAUCAAUUAUAUGCUAUUAAACGUUCAUUAACUAAAUUCCGGGGCAAAUCUGAUCGUGAUCAAAAAUUAAAAGAAGUUCGUUUUCAUGAAACACUUGCAACACAUAGAAAUAUUCUUAAAAUAAUUCGUGCAUGGGAAGAACGUGAACGUUUAUAUAUUCAAACAGAACUUUGUGAAAGCAAUUUAUUGGAAUAUUCAUCAGAAAAUCCAAUGACACAAUCAAUGACUUGGCAUUUUCUGUAUCAAAUUAGUCAAGCUCUUGAUUUUCUUCAUUCUUUAUAUUGUGUUCAUAUGGAUGUUAAACCAGAAAAUAUUUUAAUUACAUAUAAUGGUAUUCUUAAACUUUGUGAUUUUGGUAUUGUACAUGAUUUACGAAGUGCAUCAACUUUAGCACAAGAUGGUGAUGCACGUUAUCUUGCAUUUGAAGUUCUUUCAGGUACAAUAUCAACAGCAGCUGAUGUAUUUAGUUUAGGUAUGGCAGCACUUGAAUUAGUUAGUGAUUAUGAUAUGCCUGUAACGGGUGAUCUUUGGACAAAUAUACGUGAAUUAAGUUUACCAACAGAAAUUGUAUCAGCUUUAACUGAUAUUGAAUUAAAACAACUGUUACUGCGAAUGAUACAUAGUGAUUAUAAAAUACGACCAUCAGCAAAAGAUAUUCUUGAUAGUCCAACGAUACGUGAUCAAAUUUGUCAUAUGCCAUCACCAUUCGCAUUUAAUCAACAUCGACAUGAACAUGGUAUUCCAUCAACUGGUGGAAAUGAUUCUCCUGCUAGUCAUGGUUGUCGUACACCUAUAAAAAAACCUAAACGACCACCGAAUUAUUGUGGUUAUCAUGAUGAACAUUCAGAUGAUGAACUUCGAUCUCAUUCUCUUCAUAAUAUAUCUCGAUUAACACCACCACCUGUUGUUGGUGAUCCACUUCGAGUUCGUCUUUUUCCUACUGAAUCAGAUGAAGAAAUGAAUGUUGACCAUAUUUAUUUUCGAAAAUCUCCACUUCAAUUUAAAUUUGACAGUAGUGGUACUGAAGAUUAG